AGUUGGUUCGCCGCGGUGACUGGUGGUGUCGUAGACGUGUUAACGCUGAAAAAACCUCCACCGCUCUGGUCGACACGGUACCCGCGGUUUCCCGAUUGCGCGCAACUUGCCCACGGCCGUGCGAAACGUCUUCGUUUUCCCGGUGCCUCCGGCAAGCGCGCGCGCGCGCGAGAACGGAGCGGCGGCUCGUGGAGCGGACGGGCGCGAGCGGGAGGAGCGGAACGGAGAGAGAGAAAGAGAGAGACCGGUCUGCGCUCGUCGACGUUGACGGGCCUGGAGCUCUCAUCUUCACGGACGCAUAAGCGCGCGAGAGGCGCCGAGCACUCUCGAACGGUGUUCCAGUUACGACCCGCGCGACUCGGCUCCGACUCCUGGUGGCGCAACGUGCCCGACGCCGGCCCGGGACGCUUCUCGUUAUUCCACCACGUUCCAGCGAGGCGCCGUCGUUUAGCACGCGCCGAGGUGCGAUAGAAGGCAAGCGGGGGGCGCGUUCGAGUGCGCGGGCCGCCGAACGGCGCGCGAUCGGGAGGCGAGGCUCUCGGACCGGAUGUUGAUAUCUCCGCGUACUUGAUACGUGACAGCCGCGAUCUCCGACCUCACGAAAGAUCAGUGAAACGUGCCGUGACCUAGUGUCCCGACGACGACAAGGAGGAGAAGGCUUGUACGCACCUGUGGCUCUCUGGAGAUCGGCGAGGAACGCCAGCGUCGGGUUGCUAUGAUGGAGUCGCUCUGCCAGGUGAACGGCAGUAAGACCAACGGCAUUGGCAAUGGAGAUCUUAGCAACGAAACCAACAAUAACACCACGAACAACAACAACAAUCACCACAACAAUAACAACAACACUCACAACAAUAACAGUAGCACCAACAAUGCCACCGAUUGUCCGGAUCCUCAGCAGAGGUUGGCGGUGCUGAGCUUUGAGCAGGUCCGCCGCCUCAACGACGUGAUGAACGAAGUGGUCAGCAUUCACGGUCGAGGAAACUUCCCCACCUUGGAGGUUCGGCUGAGGGAUCUCGUGACGGUGGUGCGCAGUAAGUUAGAGACCGAUCCGAGCAACGGGGGCGCCGGCAUGAGGGUACGCGACAUCCGGCUGAACGGCGGCGCCGCUUCCCACGUGUUAGCCACCGAGUCUCAGCCCUACAACGACCUGGACCUUAUCUUCGCGGUUGAACUAUCCAGCGGCCGUAACUACGACAAGGUCAAGGCCGCGGUGCUCGGCUCUCUGUUCGACUUGUUGCCGGAGGGCGUGAGCCGCAAACGCAUCACCACCUGUAGUCUGAAGGAGGCCUACGUGAGCAAAAUGGUGAAGGUGAACAACGACGGCGACCGAUGGUCCUUGAUCUCCCUCGGCAACUCCCGGGGCCAUCGGAAUGUCGAGCUCAAGUUCGUUGAUUCGAUGAGACGGCAAUUCGAGUUCUCCGUCGACUCCUUCCAAAUUGUUCUCGACUCCCUGCUGCUGUUCUAUGAGUGCAGCAAGCUACCGAUCGCCGAGAAUUUCUAUCCGACCGUAGUGGGCGAGUCCGUCUACGGUGAUUUCCAGGAAGCGCUCUAUCAUCUGCACAAGAAGCUCAUCUCGACGAGGCAUCCCGAGGAGAUACGCGGCGGCGGGCUGCUCAAAUACUGCAACCUACUGGUGAAAAUGUACAAACCGUCUCAACCGGAUUACAUCAAGACCCUCGAGCGAUACAUGUGUUCGAGAUUCUUCAUCGAUUUCCCGGACAUAGGGCAGCAACGAUCCAAACUUGAGAAUUAUCUGUGGAAUCACUUCGUCGGGCCCGAGGAGGAGGCCCUCAAGUAUCAGUACCUGAUGCUGCUUCACAGCGUCGUCGAGGAGUCUACCGUAUGCCUGAUGGGCCACGAGCGACGGCAGACACUCGCCCUGAUCCAGAACCUUGCCUACCAAGUGCUCUGCCAGGAGCAGCAGCAGCGGUUGACGAGUCAUCAACAGGCGCCGCAAGGUCCGCCAGCCACCUACGUCUAUGCCAACGGCUAUUACUACGCGCCCGUGAUACCCACGACGGCGUGCUACACGUGCACCUGCAACUGGAUGGCGUGCUCCUCGUGAUGCGACGAUAUCGGCGAUAACGUCGUAUCCGUAGACGUCGCCACCGCUACCACCGAUACCACCACCACCACCACCGCCACCACUACCACCACCA